AAGCUGCAACAUCCUCAGGCAUGUCCAUUGAUUGGAAGAGUUUUCCGGUGGAUGAAACAUUGGAAAAGAGUUGGUGAAAGAUAUGAAUCAGGCUUUGGAGAACCAUGGGGUAAACAUGCGAGUUUCAACUGUUGCUUAUGAAUCAGUGUGGCUGCAGUGACUCUGGGGAUGGGCACAAAUGCUGCUUAUGUAGAACCAGCAGAAUCAGUAUCCAAGUGGCAUGGCACUUCACCCAAAUCAGGAGAAACGGGAGCUGUGAAGAUAUUUUUUGUUCUAGAAGGCUUGAGGCUUUUGCUCCGAAGUGGUUUGUCCUGCCAUGCUCGAAGCUUUGCUCCUGGACUUGAUUUUUGGACUGAUGGGAGUUUUUGCAUUAUUUUAGUUUAUGUUUUUUUAGCCAAUGGUUGGGUUGUGUACAUCAAUAGAUUGUUCCUCAUGGCAUGGCAUGGCAUGGCAUGCAAAGGAACUUCCAAGCCUCGUCCAGAAGAGUUAAAAUUAUGA